AUGCAAUAAUAUACACAUUUGCUUGCUUACUUAUUUACUUACUUACAUAUAUUAUAUAUAUGUCAGUAUUUAUUACAAUAUAUAUUAAUAAAUUUAUUAGUAAUUUAUUUUGCUUUAGUAUUGUCUAAGAGAUAAUUAAUAACUAACUCACCACUAUCUCUUUAAUUACUGCUUAUUUUCAUUAUCAAACAAAAAAUAUAUCUCUAUUAUAUAUACAAUUAAAUUAAUCAUUUAUUUUUUGAAUACAAUUUUCAAUCAAAGCUCAGGCUCUUUUUGAUCUUUGAGGAGAAAGCAUAUCAAUUGCUCUUGAAGAUUAUUUUUAUGAUCCAAUAGUAGAUUGCUAAAUGGAUGCAGAUUAUACUCUAUUGGUUUAUUUAUACUAUUGGUAAGAAAUAGGGUAUUAAUUUGGAAACUUGGUGGAUUCUCUAGAGCUAGUUAAAUAACUAUCUUGAAUACUUUUCUUACUCUGCUUUUAUUCAAUUUUAAAUAAAUUUAAUUGUUGCUUCUGAUCUUUUUUUUCCUUUUUUGUUGCUGAUAUCGCUAAGUAGCUUCCUUAAUUAGGAUUUUAUAUAAUACUGUCAUUUUUUUUAAUUUUAGAGUACUCUAACUAAUUAACUGAUUUUUAAGGAGUUGGAUAUUCAGUGUGGUGAUACUUAGUAUAAUCGCUUCUAUACCUUUCUAUCCAUAAAAGUUUUUCUUUUUCACUCAUAAUGUUAGUAGAAUAUUAUUUUCUGUAGGCAUCAAAUAUCUAACUUUAUUUGUUUUCUACCUUUAUCCUUUUUUAACCACGUAGGUUAAACAUAUCUUUUUCAUCCACUAAAGCAAUAGUCCCAUAGCCAAGUUCAAAGUGAUCUUUUUUGUGAGGAGGAAUUUUGA